GCACUUGUGACUAGAAGCGAUGGACUUGUUACUAGUAGCGUCCUUUGCUCCUAGUAGUAAGGCCAGGAGCCUAGUAGCUUCUUGUUCCUAGCAGCGUUUUGGAUCUGAUCUCGCUGAUUUCAAGCGGUGUGUGGCCAUGGAGGAGUCGGACGCAUGGCUUUUGCACUGGAGGCUUCAAAAGGAUCAAUCCCGCAGAGCACAUUUCGCUCCAGGCGAUCUCAAAGCAGAUGGCUGAGAUAUCUGCACGUCUUGUAGAACUGGAAGAAGCGCAGAAGACCCAAGCUCUUCCAAACGAGGCCCUGCGCCGGCUGGAGGACAUGGAAAAGUCAUUGCAGAGCACACAUCGCGAGGGGUCAAAGCUCCCCUCAGAUUCGUGCUUGCCAGAGCAGGUUGGUACUCAACUUGACGAACUCUCUGGGCUUGUGAGUAAAGCCCUCAAAGUGGCCGAGAACAGUGAAUGCAACAUUCAAGCCUUGCGAUUUGACCUUGUUGUGGAGCAGGACCAAGAAGGUCGUGCUGCAGAUGCCGCGCAAGAUGGCCACCAGUAUCCAGAAGGUCCGGGCCUUGCAGCAUGGUUUUGAAGGGUCGGCGUCAGAAUUGAACAAGUUGGUUGAAAGCAUUGUGAAGCGCGUCGAGGCGACCGAAGUGGCCUUGAAAGAGUUGCAGAACGCCGCGGAGGUUCACGCGCUCCGAGAUUCACUUCGUGCAGAUCUCCUGGAAGCUCAGCAAGAACGUGUCCAGGAUUUAGAGAGCAAGUUCUUGGAGAAGGAGGAGCAGCGGCGGGCACUACGGGAGGCGAGUUCCGUGCUGGGCAAACUGCAGGAGGAAAAGGCCGUUCGAGAGGAGGCGAUUGCACACAUCACUCAGGGCUUCAAGCGUGGCUGCGCGGCUGUGGGCGAACGCUUCAAAAGGGUGGAGGAAGAGGUCGAGCGCCUGAAGCUGACCGUGGGUCUGCGCAUUGGAGGAGUGCAGAGCGACGGCGACGGCGACAGCGACGGCGACAGCGACGAGGAGACCAGCGCCAACAGCGACGAACCGAAGGAGCAAACCCAACGGCUUGUGGCAAUGGGACCACCCCAAAGAGAAGAGGAGAUUAACGAUGUCCUUCUUCGAGUCGAAAGGCUGGAGAACCAGUUGGGGAGUUUCAACCAUGAGUCGGUCAAUGAGAAGGAGAUUGACCAGCUCCGCUCUCGCCUGACAGCCGCCGAGCAGCAGCAGGUACACGGCCGACAAGCGGAGGAGGUGAAGAUGACCAAAGUCCUUCAGGCGGAGAUGUAACGAUGCAGCGAAGACGUGUCAGAGGCCUUGUCUUGCACUGAAGAGCUGGCUGGAAGAUUAAGGCUGUUGGAGGAGCAAACUCUCCGAGAAAGUCAUGUAGCGCUGCUGAAGCAAGGUGCCAGUAUUUCGGACUCGAAUCAUGGGAGUGUCCACAAGCAGUUGGACGCUUCAGCUGGCUCAUGAGCAGCUGGAGGUCGAGUCCAGAACUAUCCCGUUCCAAGGCAGCGUGAAGCUGGCUGUCACUGGAUGAAGCAACGGCAGGUGCGCCUGGUGCCGCCGACGACCUAGGCUUGGCAAUGAGCCUGUGUCUCUCACACGGAAGACGACAGCAG